CUCUUCUUUCCCCUACCAGUCCCAACACUUUCUUUUAUUUUCAUUUUCAGUUUCAAACACUAUAACAUUUCUAUAUGCAAACUUAAGACUUAUUCUGUUGUGUCACAAACACCAUCAUCAUCAUCAUCAUGUUCUCAAUCAGGGUCUUUCUUCUCUUGUUAUCACUUGUGUUCUCUUUCUUUUGUUGUUCUUUUUCCACUGUUCAACACAAGCACCACCGUCGUGUCCUCCACCAACCAUUCUUUCCAAGAAUAUCUAAUCCUCCAACACAAGCACCAACUUCUUCAUCUCCUCAACCUCAACCUCAACCAAAACAACAACAACAACCCAAGCUUCCAUUUUCUUCGUCUUCUUCUUCUUCAUCUUCUUCUUCUUCAUCACAGAAGCCUUUCUUCCCUUCCUACCAUACCCCACCAUUCCCUCCUUCACCAACCGUCGUUGCCACAUUCCCUGCAAACAUUUCCUCCCUCCUCCUUCCCCGACAAUACUCCCAUCACCACAACCCUGUCAUCGCCGUCGUCGUCUCCCUCUCUCUCCUCUCCUUGGCUCUCCUCGCCGCCGCCACAGCCUUUGCCAACCACCGCCUCCGAAACAAACACGCCGCCUCCGCAGCCUCCCCCGAUGACGACGACAAGGCUUCGAGAUCGGAUAAUCUCCGGUUAUUCCCGGCGAACACCGCAGCUUCCGACGGCGGCGAUCGUGGCAAGUUUCUUUACCUCGGUACGGUGGCGAGUUCAGAGGAAGCAAGAGGAGCCGGAGAUUCAAGUUGCAGCAGCAACGGCGGUUUCUUGCCGCCGUACCGGAAACUGGGAGACUCGCCGGAACUGAAUCCGCUUCCUCCUCUGCCACGCUACAAUUUCAGAGCGUGGGCGAGUGAAGGGGAUGAUGUUGAAGAGAAAAAGGAAGAGGAAGAGGAAGAGGAACAGUUCUUUUCUCCAAGAGGGUCUUCUGGGAACAAACUACAGAGUCCUCCUUCACCUUCUGGUGUUGUUGUUGCUGCAUCAAGCUCUCGCUCGCUAAAGGUGUUUCAUUUGGAGAAAUUUGGGAGCAGAAGCUUCACUUCAAGAACCCCAUCUUACCCUCGUUCAAACUCUCUUUCUAAUUCCAUGUCUCGUUCCCCUUCUUUGAAUUUGAGCCCCAGAAGCAUCAAAUCAUUGCCUCCUCAAAAUCCUCGUUCCCCAUCUUUAUCUUCAUCCUCUUCUUCUCCGAAGCCAAGGGAGGAUUUGAGUUCAACUUGGGAUGUUUCAGGUCAGGGAAAGGAUUCUCAGACAACUAAACUGCCUCCUCCUCCGCCGCCACCACCACCACCUCCGCCGCCACGGUUUUGGGAGACUCCGGUUGUAACUAGAUUGGGUGAAGAUGUUGGUGUUAAGAAUGAGAAUGAGGAGACUCCAAAGCCAAAGUUGAAAGCUUUACAUUGGGAUAAAGUUAAAGCCAGCUCGGACAGGGUCAUGGUUUGGGAUCGGUUGAGACCAAGUUCUUUCCAAUUGAACGAGGACAUGAUUGAGACACUCUUUAUGGUAAAUAAUUUCAAGGAAAAUUCUGGUCUUGCUCUUAGAGAUAAUGCUCGGCGUCAAAUAAUUCAUUCUUCACCAAUGCAACCGGAAAAUAGGGUGCUUGACCCUAAGAAGUCUCAGAACAUUGCCAUUUUGCUUAGGGCUCUAAAUGUAACUAUUGAUGAAGUUUGUGAAGCCCUCAGAGAAGGCAAUUGUGAUACAUUGGGAACAGAACUUUUGGAAAGUUUAUUAAAGAUGGCUCCAACCAAAGAUGAAGAAUCUAAGCUGAAAGAGUUUCAAGAAGAAUCGCCCAUCAAGCUUGGUCCAGCUGAGAAAUUUCUUAAAGUCGUGCUUGAUAUACCUUUUGCAUUUAAGAGAGUGGAUGCCAUGCUCUACAUUGCUAAUUUUGAUUCAGAAUUAGAAUAUCUUAGGAAGUCCUUUGAAACUCUGGAGGUGGCUUGUGAGGAAUUAAGGAAUAGCAGAAUGUUUUUGAAGAUACUUGAAGCAGUGCUCAGAACGGGAAACCGAAUGAAUGUUGGCACCAAUCGUGGUGAUGCACAUGCAUUCAAACUGGAUACGCUUUUGAAGUUAGUUGAUAUCAAAGGAACCGAUGGAAAGACUACUCUCUUGCAUUUUGUUGUACAGGAAAUUGUGAGAACCGAGGGUUCUCAUAUUUUGGGUUCUGACAAAAUCCAGCAAUAUACUAUUCAAGAUGAAGUUGACUUUAGGAAACUUGGACUUCAAGUUGUUUCAGGUUUGAGUGGGGAACUCACCAGUGUUAAAAAAGCAGCUGCUAUGGAUUCAGAAAUGCUCAGUGGUGAUGUUGCUAAACUUGCCAGAGGGAUUGAAAAAGUUGUGCAAGUUGUAAAAUUGAAUGAAGAGUCACCUUUGAGAGAAACUAACCAAAAAUUUUCUGAGGCAAUGAAAGGCUUCUUGGAGAGGGGAGAGGAAGAGAUUUUAAGAAUCCAGGAACAAGAGAAAAAUGCUGUGUCUUCAGUAAAGGAGGUAACUGAGUAUUUCCACGGAAAUUCAGCAAAGGAAGAAGCUCGUCCGUUUAGAAUUUUUAUGGUUGUGAGGGAUUUCCUUUCAAUACUAGAUGGUGUUUGCAAGGAAGUUGGGAAAGUAAACGAGAGGACUUUAGUUGGUUCACGUCAAUAUGUAAUGCCUUCAAACCCUAUACUGCCAGCAAUUUUUCCUGAGUUUAUUGGUAAGCAGCAUUCUGAUUCCUCAGAAUCUGAUUAACCUCCUAAAUCCGAUCUAAUCCAAUUGCAACUGGUUUAUCCAUGUUUGGUCAUUGAUGGGUUAGAAUUUUUACCAUCCAAACAUUAUCAUAUGAGGUGACAUUUUCACUCAAAUCCAAACUGAACUUGAGGCAAGCUUACCCCUACCUCAUAUGAUGAAAAGCUCAUGCUAUAAUAGUUCAUUAGCACUUGUUUUUGUGCCUAGUAAACUCUGUAUAUGUUUUACUGCCUAGAUUAUAUAAUAAGUUGAGUACAUUCCCCCCUUCCCCCCCAUUUUUAUUGUAUGUAUAAAUGAUCAACAACAGAAAUUUCGUAUUUGUUUUUCUAAUCUUUAAUGUAA